CCUUUUACGGAAAACACCCAGGACCAAAACCACAGAAGCAGUGGUUUGUGCACCCGUUGGGAAGUCCUUCCUUUUGUUAUUUUUCUUCCAUUGUGAGGCUGAAUAUAUAUGCGCUGUGUUUCAGGAGGGUUGUUGACGGACACAUCUGUCUACGAGGAGUAACAUUAGCAGCCAAAGGAAACGAAACCUGGCAUCACACACGGCCAUGUGAGGUGGAGCAAUGGAAGAUGAAAAUACGAAACUUUGUCUGACUCAGAGGAAUAAUGGAGACCGAAGAAGUACUACAAACAUAAACUUAGCUGAUCAAAUGCUAAUGAAGUCAAGAACUCAUCACAUGGUACAAAUCUGUUAAGGACAACAGUAGAGGUAAAACACAUUUGUAUAGCUGAAUGUGGAAACAAGACGUGGACAUUCUUUGGAUCAUGUUGGUGAAGAGUAGGCGUGCUCAAUCUGUGUCUAUGAUACAGGACUAACUAAGUCAAAUGACUGUAUUGGAUCGGAUGACCAUGGAUGCAGUUAUGUAAGAAGAUAUCUCUCCAGUGCACAGGUCCUGACAAUCAACACACUGCUGUGAUUUCUGCCACAUAUGUGGGCUCUUAGGGGGGAAAAGUUUGUUACUCAGCACAGAGAAAUCUAUAGAUAUUCCCUGAGAGGUAUCCCAGCAUUUGGUCUUCUCCUGCAGGACAAAAAAUUACUUUCCAAUUUUUGAUUAAAAAGCAGAAGUCUGAAGCUGUUGAGUCUUCACCAUGCCUCGGAACCGAGCGUUUUCCGAGCCAGAGUACUCUGCAGAGUAUUCAGCAGACUGCUCUGUGACAUUGCCCUCUGACCCUGGGCAGGCAGUGGGGCGAACACAUGAGGUCACGGUGCGGAGUUCAGGAUGCUGCCUUUGCCUGCCUCGAUUCAUGCGUCUCACCUUUGCACCUGAGUCUCUGGAGAACCUCUACCAGACCUAUUUUAGGCGGCAAAGACAUGAAACCCUGCUCGUGCUUGUUGUGUUUGCUGCACUGUUUGACAGCUACAUCAUCGUCAUGUGUGCGGUGGUCUACACUACUGACAAGCUGGCUUCUGUUUUAGUGGCAUCAGUGGGGCUGGCAGCGGAUAUUAUUCUCUACCUGCUCUGCCGCUAUGGGCUGCUGCCAGACAGGAUCUCACGGCGGGUGGUGCCCUACGCCUUGUGGGUGCUCAUAGCAGCUCAGAUAUUCUGCUACCUGGGUCUGAACUAUGCUCGUUUCCACCAGGCGAGUGACACAGUGGGCUGGCAAGCUUUCUUCAGCUUCUCCUUUUUCCUAACUCUGCCUUUGAGAUUGACACCUAUUGUGCUCAUCACUACUGUGUCCUGUGGGGUCCACACCCUGGUUCUGGGCGUCACUAUUGCUCAGCAGCAACAGGAGGACAUUCAGGGUGCAGCACUUGGCCGACAGCUCCUGGCCAACAUUGUGAUAUAUGUUUGUGCCAUCACUGUGGGAGUCAUGUCAUACUACAUGGCUGAUCGGAAGCAUCGGAAGGCAUUCCUGGAAGCGAGACAGUCACUGGAGGUCAAACUGAACCUGGAGGAGCAGAGCCAGCAACAGGAGCGCCUGCUGCUCUCCAUUCUUCCAAAGCACAUAGCUGAUGAGAUGCUUCAGGACAUGAAGAAAGAGCCAAGUCAGAAAGAGAUGCAGCAGUUCAACACCAUGUACAUGUACAGGCAUGAAAAUGUCAGUAUUUUGUUUGCAGACAUCGUGGGCUUCACCCAGCUAUCAUCAUCUUGCAGCGCUCAGGAGCUGGUCAAACUACUUAAUGAACUCUUUGCUCGCUUUGACAAGCUGGCAGCAAAAUAUCACCAGUUGCGGAUAAAGAUCCUGGGAGACUGCUACUACUGUAUCUGUGGGCUGCCAGACUACAGGGAGGACCAUGCUGCCUGCUCCAUCAUGAUGGGCUUGGCCAUGGUGGAGGCCAUCUCGUAUGUCCGAGAGAAAACCCAGACUGAUGUUGACAUGCGGGUUGGAGUGCACAGUGGUACAGUCCUGGGUGGAGUGCUGGGCCAGAAACGCUGGCAGUAUGAUGUUUGGUCCACAGACGUCACUGUGGCCAACAAAAUGGAAGCUGGAGGAAUACCGGGUCGUGUUCACAUCUCACAGAACACCAUGGAAUGUCUUCAUGGGGAGUUUGAUGUGGAGCCAGGUAAUGGAGGUGACCGCUGUGACUAUCUGAGGGAGAGAGGCAUUGAGACUUACCUGGUAGUUGUUCCUAAAGGACCUUUGGGAAAGAGUGGCAUAAAUGGUGUGAAGCUGUCUGUAACCUCAUCCAAUGGAAACUCCCCACUAUUAAUCAACACCACAGAGUGUAACGGCAGUGUUAACACAGCCUGCACCACACCGGAGGAACCAGAAGAACUGGACACAAGGGUGGUGAAUCCAUCUUUCCCUAACCCUCGGAGAAGACUACGGCUGCGAGACCUAGCUGAAAGGGUGAUCGACGCUCAGGAAAAUGAACAGGAGCUUAACAAACUGCUAAAUGAGGCUCUGCUGGAGAGAGAGACAGUUCAAGUUCUAAAGGGGAAGCACACCAACAGGCUCUCCCUGAGAUUUGUGGAUCCAGACCUGGAAACUCGUUACUCUGUGGAGAAGGAAAAACAGAGCGGAGCUGCCUUCUGCUGCUCCUGUGUGGUUCUGCUCUUCACUGCAGUGAUGGAGGCACUCAUAGAUCCCUGGCUGAUUGCAAAUUACAUCACCUUUGCAGUGGGGGAGGUCCUGCUGCUUGUCCUGACAAUCUGUUCUCUGGCUGCCAUCUUUCCUAGAGUUUUUCCCAAGAAGCUGGUGUCUUUCUCCACCUGGAUUGACCACACUCGUUGGGCUCGUAACACCUGGGCCAUGGCAGCCAUAUUCAUUCUCACUAUGGCUGACAUCAUGGAUAUGCUGAGUUGUCUGCCUCAAGUCCCAGAUUCCAGCAGCACCACAGUUCCUCCAUUCUCUUCCUCUUCCACGUGGGCCGGUCUUGAGGGUUGCCUGAACAACCCCAAAUAUUACAGCUACAUUGCUGUGCUGGCACUGAUGGCCACCAAUAUGCUGGUUCAGGUCAGUCACAUGGUGAAGCUCACACUGAUGCUGCUCAUCACAGUGGCCACUGGUAUCGUUAACAUCUACAGCUGGAAGGACAUCUUUGACCACUACGACAUGGCCCGCUUCCAGGACUACAGGUCAUAUCUGGUGCCCUCCAAGUUCACAAUGACAAUUAUGAUCUUCAUUAUGAUGGGCAGCUUCUAUUAUUUCUCCAGACAUGUAGAGAAACUUGCACGCACCCUUUUCCUCUGGAAGAUCGAGGUCCACGAGCAGAAGGAGAAAGUGUAUGAGAUGAGGCGCUGGAAUGAAGCACUGGUGACCAACAUGCUGCCUGAACAUGUGGCUCGACACUUCCUGGGUUCCAAGAAAAGGGACGAGGAAUUGUACAGCCAGUCCUACGAUGAAAUUGGAGUCAUGUUUGCUUCAAUCCCCAACUUCUCUGACUUUUACACAGAAGAGAGCAUUAAUAAUGGUGGUAUUGAAUGCUUACGGUUUCUCAACGAGAUCAUCUCAGACUUUGACAGUUUACUGGAUGAACCUCAGUUCCGCUUCAUCACAAAAAUCAAGACCAUUGGCAGCACCUACAUGGCAGCAUCAGGUGUCACCCCAGACAUCAGCAAUGGCUACACCUGCAUGAAGAAGGAGGAGCAGUCUGACAAAGAGCGCUGGCAGCACCUAGCAGACCUAGCAGACUUUGCUCUGGCCAUGAAAGUCACACUUAUGAACAUUAACUACCAGUCAUUCAACAACUUCAUGCUACGCAUUGGUCUGAAUAAGGGAGGGGUGCUAGCAGGAGUGAUUGGAGCCCGCAAACCUCACUAUGAUAUUUGGGGCAACACCGUGAACGUGGCCAGUCGCAUGGAGUCCACAGGGGUGAUGGGAAACAUCCAGGUGGUGGAGGACUGCUACAACAUCCUGAAGGAGUACAACUUCCGCUUUGUGAGGAGGGGACCCAUUUUUGUGAAAGGGAAAGGGGAACUGCUCACUUAUUUUCUAAAAGGAAGAGACAAACAAGGUUCAUUUAUCAACGGCUCCUCUGUCACUCUGCCACACCAGGUGGUGGACAGCUAAGAACUACACACACAAAGACACACGCACGCACGCACACACACAUUCCCACUCUUUAUGUCACAUCGACUGUGUGGUGAUUCCAGAGAGAGGCAGAGAGUUUUUAAAGUUAGAGGUCACUUACCUGAAAACACUCAGAUACCAGAAAAUAGCAGAAAGAAACACUUCAUACCUCAUUACUCUUUACUGAAGAAAUAUUUCUUCUCCAUCUGUAGAAAGAUAUAGGUGCCAGUACAGGCUGUGUUUGAUUUUGAAUGUCAUUUUCAAGAACAACAAAAUUCAAAACAAGAACGAUAACAUCUUGUAUCAACAUCUAAUAGCAGCUGUUUAUAUAAAUUUGAAAAUGUAAAAAAAGACAUAUACUUUGCUGCAAUGUUAACAUUGAUUUUUUAUUUUUUAAACAGAAAAUCUACAUUUGCACCACAGUGAUUUGGACAUUGACCCAUCACUGAAAUUUCAGUAAAGUUAUUUAAGUCUGAGAUAUCCUGACAAGUACGAAACAAAACAAAAAUCCAACCUUUUUCUUAUAGCAAUAGUGACCUUUUUACUUACCCUACUGUGGUAUGUAGUUAUGCUGACAGUUUAAGGAGCCCAUGAAUAUUUAGGAGGGGACAAGAUUUUCAUUAGCAAUUGGAGUAAACUUGAAGCUUGUAGCAUGUUUUCUCCUUUGACAUAACAAAAGUGAAUAAUGUUCUCUUUAACACUUGGCAGCAUCUCCUGUAAAUGAAAAUAGCUUCCAUGCUGAGUAAUGCUUGCAGAUCUGUCAGACUGCAGUCCUGACACACAGCUGCCUGUGCUUCAGCUCUGUCCAAAAUCACAAAACUGUUGCAACAGCUACUUUUGUCAGUUUCCAUGCCCUUGUUCGAUAUUUAGUCAGUCUGUAAACAACAAAUGUCUCUCAAAUAAAAUGAGAGUACUGAUUACACGCUCUCUCUCUCACACACACACACACACAGAGAGAGAGAGAGAGAGAGAGAGAGAGAGAGACCUGGAGGUCGCUCUCUAUUUACACAAUGGCUGUGUGGAAAUCUGACAGGCUGAACUGAGUUCAGAUUUUCUGUCCCUGAUGAGAGGAAUAUUUGAAAGUAGACCAAUGAGUGGCUAGAGUGUGACAAUAAAGAAUGAACUACCACCUGCUACUGCUCAUGUGGUCGUGGGUGUCUAGAAGAAUGUAUGAAUUACUCAUAGUGUAUUUUUUUUCUUGAUUCUAAUGUGGGAACAGGUCAGAUCGGUCAGUACUGCUCUCCUCUCGACUCUGGGAACUGGCACAACACACUUCUGUGCCUUGAAACAUGUUGAACAUAAAGGAUAACAGAAGUCUGUAUUGCAUGUUUUAGGAAAUGGACAGGAACAUUUUUUCCGUGGACUGAAUUGAUGCAAGUGCCUAUAACAGCUGUGAUCACCAUGUUUAGUACUUAGUACAUAGUACUUAGUUGAAGGAUCUCAUUUCUAUAGUCAGGAGAAAUUCUCCCAGUCCUUUCACAUCACUGUCAAAGGAUAAUUCCAGUUUAUUAUAUGCUGAGUUACUGUUUUUGUAACUCUGGUGACAAAUUGAUUGUAAUAACAUUGCACAGUUAAGAGCUGAGAUGUGGAAAUCAAGGUGACAUGAAAAUAUGCCCAACGAAAGCAGUCAGACAGUCAAAUAGGUUGAAAACAAACCCAAAGUUAGUCAGUUUUAUGUAAAAGAUUUAUUUAUUUUAUUUUUUUUUUUUAAAAGGCAGACAGUAAAACAGGCUAUUUGCUGUAAACAUCCACCCACUUCCUGGUUUGUCUUGCUGCAUGUAAGCUGUCCUGUGUUGGUGAGGGAUGAUUACGAGCAAAGUGCUAGCUUUGGGUUUAUUCUCCAAAUAAAAUGUUUUGGAUUAUCAGGACAAACUGCUGGAGUAUUUUCAACGCAUCUGAUCAUCUGACUGCACGUUUCUUGACUCAUUUAAUGUGUUUCAGGGAUUGUACUAUGGCAUAUGAUCUCAGCAAUUAGCUCAGUGACUUAUUAGAAAAGCCCAAAAGGAUGAAAUUUCUAAUAAACUAGGAUGUUCCUUUGACAUCAUGGUCUAAAAAUUGUGACAGUGAGUGAAAGUUAAAGUUGAACUUGUUACAGUCUUUCCUUGAUUUCUGCACCACAUUUUAAUGGACCCCAUUUUUACCUGGUACAACCAUAUGAUCUGUACCAGUAUAAUAAUUAAUAAUGAGGCCUUUACAUUUACAUAUUUGAUUAAUAAACACAAACUUAGUUUUCCUUGCACUGCGGUCUAAUCUCACCACACAAUUGAUGUAGAAAUAGUUAGUCAGCUGUCUUGCUGCAGCAAGUUUCUAUCUUUGCCCUUACAACGCUGUCUACCACAGUGUAAUAUGUGGAAAAAUCCCUUGCAAUCUAAAACUUUGAGAGUUUCACAAAUUAAGAGAAAAAAAUGGGCAGGAAAAAAAACAAAACACAGGCCUGACUAGGCAGCCUGCUUAGGUGAAGAUACAAAAGGCACAACACAGCAGCUGAAUGGGACUUGAAACAUAACUCCCUGUCUUCUGGAUGUUCAAAGGAGUAGUGAUAUGCAGGAGAAUGAGCGCACACCUGUUAGUAAACAGCUGCACUGUUUUCUGUGGAAAGUAUUUAAGGUGUGGCUGUUCUUUCCUCGUGAUUGUAAAGCCUUUUAGUGUCUCUUAAGAAAGAAACUAAAGUGCAAUAGUUUCUCCUUCAACAAACCUUAUCUCUCCUCUUUAAUGAAGGGUUCAAUCAUUCCUUCCCAUUGUUUUUUAUAAUGUAAUGUUUUGUUCUAUUUAAAGGGAAGAAGACUGAAUGUCUUUUCAUUGUACAUAGAACUUAGACAGUGUUUACUGGUCAGAUUUAUUUAUUGGAAAUGACAGGGACAUUGAUUUUUUGGUUUGUUUGUUUUUUUUGUUUUGUUUUUUUCUUACACAGAUGUGAAAGUGCCAAUGAUUAAAAAAUGGCUUUAGAUCUAAAAGCCAUAACAUGGACCAUGGCUGUUUCCUGAAUUGUAUUUUUAAAGAAUCUUAGGAUUGGGAACAUAAUAGCACUUUGAAUAACGUGUUAACUCUGUUCCACGUUUUGGUUGCAAAGUAAUCUUUUGAGUGGAGUACCAACUUAACAACACUGGCAGUCCAUUUGGAGGGCACAAACUACCAAGGCCAGCUGAUGGCAUGCAAAAGCAACAAAACAGUUAAAUCCUGUGGUUCUUGUGGUUUUUACUGUUCUGAUGUUAAUUCUGAACAUUUAUUCCUCUUCACAUUUUUUGUGGUUUGAAUUAGGCAUCUUGUAGGUCUACUUAAUCUUUUCUGAGUAAUUGACCCCAAUCCUGGUUUUUAAGUUGAAGAAUUUGUCACUCAGUAUACCUUCUUUCCUUUCAGUUUUUUGUCACCAUAAGGUCAACAGAUUAAAAAAAAUCUAAUAAAGAUA